AUGACAGCAGACGACCAAGAAAGGAAAACGAACGGUGAACAACCUGCAGCAUCGCGCACCGACAUGCCUAAGGACUCAUGUGACCGGAAAGGUGACACGCCGGUGGACAUGCAGGAGACCACCUGGUUGCGAACCAAGCGAGCGCUAAGCGCAAUCCACGUGGAACCUCUGUUGUGCUGUUACAUCGUAUCCCGAACUCUCUUGCUGCUGGCCACGCAGAACCUGAGCCUGCAGAAGGCGUGCUCGGUAAACCUCCAGUUUGACGACGACACGUGCGCCGCGCUGCUGGCUAAAUCCAAGACAAACGCCAGCGAGCCUCUGCACGGGUACGAGGUGGCUACUCAGCAGCUGGUGGCCAACAUGCUCUCGUGGCAGCUGGUCGUCCAGAGUACAGUGCCGUGCGCGCUGGCCGUGUUCGUCGGGUCCUGGAGCGACCGACGCCGAAAGCGAGUGCCGUGCAUGAUCAUACCCGUUGCAAGCGAACUGGCCCGCAUCGUUGGCCUAGUGGCCUGCGUCUACUGGUUCGACGAGCUCCGUAUGGAGGUGAUCGGCGUUGUCGAGGCGUUGCCCACGUCACUGGCCGGUGGCCGGAUGGUUCUAUUCAACGCGAUGUUCAGCUACGUCUCCGACGUUACUGGCGAGGAGACGAAAACGGUACGAAUCGGUAUAGUCAACAUACUAUCCUUAGUAGGCAUGGCCAUCGGUACAGCGUUGUCUGGUAUUACAUUUCAGAAGCUGGGUUUCUAUGGUGUGUACGGUGUGUCUUCGGUCCUAUUUAUUAUAGGUCUUCUGUAUGGUCUAGUAUUUAUAAAAGAAGUGUCACCAAAUAAACCGGAAAAUGCAAUACCACAGACACGAAAUAAUGGUUUGUUUAAUGGAUUUUUUAACGCAAAACACAUUCAAGAAGCAUUUAAAGUCACGUUCAAGGACGGACCACAAAAUCGAAAACUCAAGAUAAUCAUGUUAAUGUGCAUUGCGUUUUUAAUCAUGGGACCUUUAAACGGUGAUCUUUCCGUAUCGUAUUUGAAUACACGUGCCCGAUUCAAAUGGAACGAGGUUGAUUUUAGUAUUUUUUCUACUUUCUCUAUGAUCACUUGUGUAGCAGGUUCAGCAAUUUGCAUCGGCUUAUUUAGCCGUGUGCUCAGAAUCGACGAUAGCUUAAUUGGAGUGGUAGCAUGUGCAGGAAAAAUUGUUGCCGGAAUAUGUUACGCUUUAGCGACGGAAGGAUGGGUAUACUAUUUGGGACCGUUAGUUGACAUUAUGGGAGGCACAAUUUUCAUAACAUCGCGAUCAAUCAUGGCAAAAAUAGUCAAACCCGAUGAACUAGGACAAGUUACGGCUAUUUACAGCAUCGUCGAAUCGCUUGUCCCGGCCUUGUUCGGCCCUCUAUAUACUGUGAUCUACAAACAUACAGUGGACACGUUACCCGGAGCGUACAGUUUAAUAGGAUCAACUUUAGCCGUACCGGCGACUAUAAUAUACUUCUGGAUGUACAGAGAUAGCAAACUAUCUCAGAAAAUCGAUAAUGAAUCUGUUGAAAUUGAGAAUACCAAACUUUGA